AUGAGCGACAACGAGGGCUACGACAGCGACGACCAAGGGCCAGGCGACGCCCUGCUGCAGUCGUUUCUGCCAGCGGCAUUUGGCAAAAAGACGCAGGAGGCCGACAUUGAUGCACAGAUUGAGCGCAGCCGACGGCCAGAAUGGAGGGCAUCGGCGAGCGCCAACGACAAGGGGGCAAAAAAGGACGACGAUAACGACGACAACAAAAGCGACAGCGAUAGUGACAGUGACAGCGACGGCGACGACGGCGACGACCUGGACCGGUAUCCGCUCUCGCACGAGCUGGUGUUCAAGACGCACGAAAAGGCCGUGACCAGCGUGUCGCUCGACCCCAACGGCGCGCGCAUGGCCACGGGCUCGCGCGACUGCAAUGUCAAGCUGUACGACUUUGCAUCCAUGACGCCGACGACGCUUCGAGCUUUCAAGAGCGUGGACCCGUGGCAGCAGGGCGCCAGCAAGCUGUCGGCCACCACGGAGUCGCACCCGGUCAACCACGUGGCCUUCCACCCGCACGCCGCUAGCGUCAUGUUGUGCAUCACGGCGCACCCGCAGGCCAAGAUUCUGUCGCGCGACGGCGAGGUGCUGACUGAGUUUGUCAAGGGCGACAUGUACCUGCGCGACAUGCACAACACCAAGGGCCACGUGGGCGAGGUGGCGACGGGCGCGUGGCACCCGACGGACCGCGAGACGUGCGUGACGGCCGGCGCCGACAGCACGCUGCGCAUCUGGGACGUCAACAACAAGCGCAGCCAGCGCGACGUUAUCGUGUUCAAGUCGCGCGCAGCCGGGUCGGCGGGACGCUCGCGCAUGACGGCCGUCGCGUGGGGCGCGCCCGCGCACGGCGGGGGCAGCGACACGGUGCUUGUGGCGGCCGCGCUCGACGGCUCGCUCGUGCUGUACAGCGGCAACAACGGGCCCUACUCGCGGCCGACUGCGGAGGUGCGCGACGCGCACGCACCCAACACGUGGACGGGCGGCAUCGACGUCAGCGCCGACGGCCGCAUGGUGGUGACGCGGGGCGGCGACGGCGUCAUCAAGCUGUGGGACACGCGCAAGUUCAAGCAGCCGCUGGUGACGGCGGCCCACGCGUCAACCGACGCCGCGGACCGCUUCCCAAUGGCCAACAUCCGGUACGGACCCAACUCGACGAGCAUUCUGGUCGGCUCGCCCGACGGCAGCCUGCACGUCCUCAACCCGGGCAACCUGCGGCCCGAGGUCGUCACGCCGGUCACGCCGGGCAGCCCGCUGAUCGCAGUCGAGUGGCACGCCAAGCUCAACCAGGUGGUGACGGGCUCGGCAAACGGCGAGACGCACGUGCUGUUUGACCCGGUGCGGUCGCAGCGUGGCGCCGCCGACGUGGUGCGCCGCGCGCCCAAGAAGCGCCACGUCGACGACGAUCCGUCCUUUACCAUGGACCAGAACAUUGGCAUCACAAACGACAACAUUGUGGUGCCGGGUGCCCAGCAGAUGGCCAGCCGGCGGCGCAAGGGCGUCACGAACACGGGCAGGUCGCUCGACCCGCGGCGGCCGACGAUGCCGCAGCAGACGCCGUUUGCACACAACGGCCCCGACGACAAGAGCAUCGAGAAGAACAUUCCGCUGAGCCGCAUGCUGCACGAAGACCCGCGCGAGGAGCUGCUCAAGUACGCCGAGGCGGCCAAGAAGGACCCGGUUUUCACGGCUGCAUACAGCGUCAAUGCGCCUGUGACGGAGUAUGCCGAGCUGAGCGACGAAGAGGAUGCUCCGGACAAGAAGCGCACAAAGAGGUAG